AUGCAGUGCGACAAAAAAUCUAUUCCCCAGGGUGGUCCCGCCAAAAGCGGGGAGUCCACCCCCAGCAGCUUAAAUAAGCUCUGUGGCAGCCCCAUCGUAUCUGGGGGGGGCAAUCCACUGCAUCGCGGGGACGCACAAGCGUCAACCGCGGGUCCCACAACAUCUAAGGGGCAAAGUAAUAAGGAAGGAGCCGUGUCGGGUGUUACAACGGUGCCGACACGAGAAAAGCGUGGGCGCUUUAAGCGCCCCAAUACGCCGGCAAAUCAGGCGAUUGUAAGCGAUGGAGGCGUGUCCGAUUGUUCGUCCAUAUCGCUUAAAUCGGCCCCAUCGGAAGGGGGAAGAAAGCGUAAGGCCAAGCCCCCAAGUGCUGCGGUUGUGGCCGCUAAAUUUGCGGCAGUGUCAGCCACAGCCUCUGAAGAAGAGGCCGCAACAGGCAUCGAAACAGAGGAGGAUCUUUUCGACCCCUCCGUAACACUCACAAACACUAGGGCGAAGAAAAGCCUGCCUGACCCGGAGGAGUUGGCCCGCGAAAUGUCAAUGCAUAGUGACAGUGAGCUUGGCCAACAAAUUGAAAUAAAUCUUCAGGCCGUUGAAAAGGUAGCAGAUAGAUCUCGCAACCUAAAAGGCAAUUUCGUGAGGGGUAUAAGGCUAGCUGUGCGUAAUAUAAAGGCGGCGACCGAAGAACUUGCGCGAAGGACCACGACAAGCGAAAACAUUAAAAGGCUUGAAAAGGAGAACGAGGAAUUGCGAUCACAGCUGGCCAGUCUUGCGGCCAAAACGGAAAAACUAACCAAGGAGAUUUAUCUCCUCCGCAAGCAGGAAACGCAAAAUACCCAUCCUCCGAACAUAGCAGCCAUGUCCAACCGACCGGUGCUAGCACACCACAAGGCCAAGCAUGGAGAGGGAGACCUCAUGGAGCGCAUUGGGUCCCUAAUCGAAGAAAAGCUGGCAAUAUUUGAGGCCAAGAUAUUUCCCGAUAGGGUGAUCCGACCUCCAUUGGCAGGUGCGAGUCGAGGUGAGUUAUCGCUACCUCAACGGCUAUCACCACCUUUGCAAUCGGCUCCAUCGUCGCAGCCACAGAAGACGAAAAGGCAAAGGUCGAAGAGGAAAAAGAAGCCUGUUUACCCACCGCUGGUCGAUCUUCCCCCUGUGGUUGCGACGGUAUCGAAUAACCCGGUACCGCACAAUGCCACUUCGUGGGUUGAAGUGGCUAAAAAGCCCAAAAAACCAAGGGGCACCGAUAAGCAGAUCGCCGCGAUGGCAUCACCUUCCGGUGCUCCGAAAGAAAGGCGGAAAAACAAGAAAUUAUUGCGUGCCCCAACAUCUGCGGCCGUAACAGUUACGGUGUCAGACAGCUCCACUGUCACUUAUGCCAAAGUAAUGGAGGAGGCAAAGGCCAAAAUACACUUGGCAGAUUUUGGCAUCGAAACAGUCCGCCAGAAGCGGGCAGUAACCGGAGGACUCCUGCUGGAAAUUAAGGGUCCGGAUUGCGGCGCGAAGGCGGACAAGCUGGCGGCCAAAAUGCGUGAGGUUCUCUCAGACCUAAACGUGCGGAUCAAUCGGCCAGUUAAAACUAGCGAUGUUCGACUGAGGGACCUCGACGACGCCGUCAGCACUUUGGAGGUUGCGGCAGCUAUGGCUGAGGCAGGAGAUUGCUCGGUGGAUGAUAUAAAAGUCGGGGAAAUCCGCCGAAAUCCCACUAGCAUGGGGACAUGCUGGGUGCGGUGCCCAGUGACGGCAGUCCGCAAGAUUACGGCUGUUGGGCGAGUGCGCGUGGGUUGGGGGUCUGCUCGAGUAGAAUUACUGGAGCCCAGGCCCAUGCACUGUUUUCGGUGCCUAGAAAGGGGGCACAAAUUCGCACCCCUUAAAGUCCUCCAGGGCAACCUGAACCACUGCCGUAAUGCGCAGCAUUUGCUCAUGCAAACCAUUGCGGAGUGGCGGGUUGCCCUUGCAGUAGUAGCAGAGCCCUAUGCCGUCCCCGACCAUCCUCGCUGGUUCGGUGACGAAUCAGGCUCCGUCGCCAUCUACUGGAGUGGUGGAGAGGGUGCCCCACCCUGCGCUCUAUUGAGAAGAGGGCAGGGCUUUGUUGCAGUGCAAUGGGGCCCCUUGGCCAUAGUGGGCUGCUAUGUCUCUCCUAAUAGGUCCCUUGCCGACUACGAGGCGUACCUAGACGAGGUGGCGAAUUGUAUUCGCGAAUGUCAACCUCGUCCGUUGAUCGCUCUGGGAGAUUUUAAUGCCCACACAAGGGCUUGGGGCAACUCUAGAGACGAUCCCAAGGGAGAGACAGUGAUGGUAUGGGCGGCUGGACUGGACCUCCGAUUGAUGAAUCAGGGGUCCGUAAGCACAUGUGUACGGUGGCAGGGGGAGUCCAUCGUGGAUCUUACGUGGGCAACUCCUCCUGCAAUGCAAAUGCUGUCGGGCUGGCGAGUGGCGGAGGAGGUGGUCACCUUGUCUGACCACCGCCACAUCGUAUUCAAUGUCGCACUUCGACAGCCCGACAGUAAUCCCAGUCGCCGAGAUAGCAGCCCACCGCGACGUUGGUGUCUCAAGCGGCUCGAUCAAGAUAAGCUCGAAGCCGCCGCCAUCGUCGCGUCCUGGCCAGAAAACGCCGAAGAGGUACAGUCCGAUCCUGAAGGGGAAGCGAACUGGUUUCGAGGUACGAUGGCGCAAAUUUGCGACCUGUCGAUGCCCAGAAUCAGUCGCCCUAAGCGCAAAGCAGCGUACUGGUGGUCAGCAGAAAUCGCACGGCUCCGUGCAAUCUGCUUACGGUGUCGGCGCCAGUACACUAGAGCCCGCAGGAGAAGACGGCGAGCUCCGCCUGAAGAGAUAGCCAGACUCUACGGGGCAUACCGAGCGGCUACAAAGGCGUUGCAAAUCGCCAUCACCAACGCCAGGUCUCGGUCCUGGAAAGAGCUUCUGGAGGGACUCAACAAAGAUCCCUGGGGGCGCCCAUACAGGAUGGUGCUGGGUAAGCUCCGGCCCUGGUCGCCCCCUCUGACGGAGAUUCUCGACCCGGAUCUUCUGGAAAGGGUAAUCAGCACGCUCUUUCCAGAGGACCGGUCAAGUCCCGAAGGUCACCUGCCGUCUUCAUGGGUGUGGCAAGAGGAGAUGGGGGUGACCGUUGAGGAGCUGGACCGAGCCAUUAGCCGCCUAAAAGUCCGGAACACAGCACCGGGUCCCGACGGAAUCCCGGGCCGGGCCCUAGUGCUGAGUCUGGCUGCUCUGGGGAACAGGCUCAGGCAACUGUUUACCAGCUGUCUGCGGUGUGCCAAAUUCCCCACAGCCUGGAAAGAGGCAAGGCUGGUUCUCUUGAAGAAGGACGGCAGGGCUGCAGAUUCUCCCUCUGCGUACCGACCCAUAUGCCUGCUGGACGAGAUUGGCAAAUUGUUCGAGAGGAUAGUUGCCACUCGGCUCAGCGGGCAUCUGUCGCGCGUCGGUCCCGAUUUGGCUGACAGCCAAUUUGGAUUCCGACGGGAGCGUUCCACUGUAGAUGCGAUUAUGCGCGUCCGCUCCCUGUCGGAACAAACAGUAUCACGGGGUGGCGUGGCGUUGGCGAUAAGUCUUGAUAUCGUCAACGCCUUUAACUCUCUACCCUGGGACGCAAUCAGAAGGGCACUGGCACAUCAUCAAGUGCCCCCCUACCUGCAUGGUAUUAUUGGGGACUACUUGCGCGACAGGUACAUUGUGUACAUGGCGAAAGAUGGUAGAAAGAUUCGGAGGGAGAUCAGACGUGGGGUUCCACAGGGCUCGGUGCUGGGACCACUACUGUGGAACCUCGCGUACGAUGCGGUUCUGCGAGUCGACCUUCCCGCUGGCGUAAAUAUCGUGUGCUAUGCCGACGACACCUUGGUGAUUGCCAGCGGGAUAACUUUCGAGAGGACCAAGGAGCUCGCCGAACUUGGGGUGGAAGUCGUCGUCGCCAAAAUCCACGAGUUGGGUCUAGAAAUAGCGCCUCACAAGACCGAGGCCCUAUGGUUCCAUAAAUUACCACGGGGCAGGGAACCACCCAACUCGUGCGUCCGCGUGGGUGGGUCCGAAGUCAGAGUGGGGAGGUACAUGAAGUACCUAGGCCUCCACCUUGACAGUCGCUGGGGCUUCGAAGAACAUUUCGAGCGCCUAGUCCCCCGGAUCGAAAGGGUGGCGGGUGCUAUGCAUAGACUGCUGCCCAAUCUAGGGGGACCGACGGAGGAAGUACGUCGCCUCUAUGCAGGAGUUAUACGGUCCGUAGCUCUGUAUGGAGCGCCUGUAUGGGCAAAAAGGCUGGCCAUCCGACGCUGUAGAACUAAAAUUUACAGUGUCCAGCGGAGGAUGGCCAUACGGAUCGUACGAGGAUACCGCACCAUAUCCUUUGAGGCGGCGACAAUCCUGGCUCGCUUUCCACCACUAGAUAUACUGGCGGAGAUGGAUGCGAGGGUGUACGACCGAAUCCGUGCCCUCCGCCAGAGCGGUGGUAGCGAGCCAGAAGAGGCGCUCGAAUCAGUUAAACGGCAGGAACGACAAAACGCCCUAGCGACAUGGCGCACUCGACUCGAGGAGCGCUAUGAAUACAAACGCGUCAUUGGAGCAAUCCUGCCGGUCUUCGAUGCCUGGAUGCAGCGACGAGUAGGAAGACUCACCUACAGACUUACACAGAUAAUUACCGGGCAUGGGUGCUUCGGUGAUUAUCUGUGUAAGAUCGGACGCGAGGCGACGGCGAACUGCUUCCACUGUGAUGGACAGGACCAGGACUCCGCUUCUCAUACGCUCGCAGUAUGCCCAGCGUGGGAACGGGAGCGGACAAUCCUGGUGAACCGCAUUGGACGGGACCUCUCCCUGCCAGCAGUCGUGUCGGCGAUGCUGAGCGGGGAUUCGGCGUGGAGGGCCGUAGCCACCUUCUGUGAAUCUGUUAUGACUCAGAAGGAGGCUUCUGAGCGGGAUCGGGAGAGGGCGGAUCCCGCACGGAGACGACGUCGCCAAGGCGUUCGUCACGGCCCUCCUAUUGAAAACGGUGUUCCCCUACCAGAAACGGGGCCUCCGGGGUUGCAGACGCUCGGGGCGGGGGCCUCGAGCGUCUAG